AUGAAACGCAAAAGGAAUGUAAAAAUAACUUUUAUUAAAAGGUUUGUUUCUUCUGUAUUGGCAGAGUAUUUUUUUGCUAGAUGCUUAUUGAAUCGAAAUUUAGUUUUAAUUUGUCUACUAGUGUUGAAAAUUUUUGUUGCCAUAUUAAGUAAAGCUUAUUUGUCAAAUCUAUUAGCUUUAUCUUUCAACUAUAGCCCAAGCAGUGCUUUGGAUUGGGCUAUAUAA